UGGCACACAUGUGUUUUGCAAGCACAUAGAAGGGAAACGUGAAUCGGUCGUCAUUCCAUCCUACCCAGGCAGCAUUCACCCACUGACGAGGAGUCAUGUCUGCACCAGCCAGCCUGGACGUCGCAGACACAGUCGUCUUCGGCGUACUCACAGUCGCGGGAUACCUGAUCGGCCUCUACUUCUCCUUCGCGCGCCGGAGAUGUCAGGAGUCGUCCAGCAACAGCAGCGCCGCCGCCGCCGAGCAGGAGGCCUUCCUCGGCGGCCGCACCCUCCCCGCGUUCGCCCUCGCCGUGUCCGUGGUCGCGUCCGUGGCCACAGCCGGGAACGUGGUGGGCUUCGUGGCGCACUAUUACGCCUACGGAUUUCACGCCAUCUUGCCUUCGACUGGCAUACCGCUUGCGGCGAUAUUCGCGACAAUGGCGUUGGUGCCGCUGCUGUACCGCCUGCGAGUUGCCUCCAUAUUCCAGUAUCUGCGCAUGCGUUUCGACAACAUGGUCGGCAUCACUGCGAGCAUCGUAUACGUUUUCCUCAGCCAAAUCGUAGGCGCCGUGGGCAUCUACAGUGCUGGCAUUGCUGUUUCGACAAUGUACCCCAUUCCAUUGGUCUACUCGAACAUUUGCAUCGGCCUGGCGGGAACUGUGUACACAGCUCUGGGUGGACUCCGCAGUGUCGUCUGGGCUGACUUUGCACAAGCAUUCGUGAUGUUUUCUUCUCCCUUUAUCAUAAUUGGAAAGGUUAUAUACGACUCAAGAAUUGCAAGCCCGCCACUGAAACCAAUAAGCGAUAUCAACAUUGCCGACUACAUAUUCCGGACGAACGUUGACUUCACGAGUGACGAGAACCUGUGGAGCGGCUUAGCGGCAGCGGUGCCUUUCAGCCUGGUGCGCACAGCAUUUGAUCAGAUGGCCGUGCAAAGAUUUAUGGCGGCCAAGACACUGCGAGAUGCGCGGAGGAUAGCCAUCGGCGGCCCUCUCUUGGCGUUUUUCUUUUUCACUCUGGGCCUUGCAACGUCUUUGGCCCUCAUUUACUGGUACACAGACUGUGACCCGGUCUUGAGUGGUGCCAUCAAAAGCUAUGACCAGAUCGUUCCUCAUUACAUGACUGAAAGACUGGCCAGGGUAAAGAUGCUACGAGGUUUGUUUCUGGCUGGUCUUAUAGGAGCUUCUACAAGCACAGUUUCUUCGGUCGUCAACUCACAUGCAGCAAUAUUUUACAUCGACGUCAUCAAGCCCCACGUGAGGAUGACAGCACGGAAAGCUCGUUUCAUAAUGCGCGCGCUGGCGUUUUCAAGCGGCAUGGUCAUGACCCUACUAGCGGUUGCAGCGCCACACAUCGGAACGGCUGCGCGGCUUUUCUUGUCCUUGUACUGCACUGCCGCGGGUCCGUUCGCUGGGCUCGUGCUUCUGGCCAUCUCCUCGCCCUGGGUCAACGCAAAGGGCGCAGCUUGGGGCACCGUGCUGGUCUGCGUCCUGCAAUUGUGGCACGCCAUAGGAAGGAGUCUGUCGUCGGUUGCACCACCUCGCCUCAUCACUAGAACCUUGGAGCGAUGCGCGCCCCUAAUGAAUGCUUCUUCGGAAGCCAGAAAUCAUACACUGUUGCCGUCUGAAAGGGCACCUGUGUUCUUGCUGUAUCAAGCCUCGUUCUAUUGGAUGUCCUUCUCUGGAUUGCUGCUUACACUUCUCCUCGGAACUGUCCUCAGCCUUGUGACAGGUGGUGAAAGAACUGCUAGGAGCAAUGUGCCACUCACAAGCCCUAUAUUCCUGAAGUUAUGGGCACGUUUCAAGUUUUUUCGCCAUAUGCUGAUGCUUGAUGACGACAAGGUGGAUAACGGAGCACACGUGUUGCGACAGCGGGAGAGAGAAGAUGACAGCACCGAGGUUUCGCCGAUGUGCGAAGGACAAGAACUGUCGCAGAGCUGCACUUCAAAAAGAACUUUGAGCGCCACUUAAUCGAAACAAGCACUCAUACGCUAAAAUGCGUGAGUCAACCACUACUAACGCUUAAGGGGACCACGUAUCAUUCAGCGAAAUGCAUCAACUGAUAACUCGAUUGCUUUCUUUUUUUCUUGAUGCGUAAAGAACAAACGUUGCGGUAGUUUGUAUGUUAGCUGCAACACAUGUACACUGGCAAGCUCAGUUUGCAUCAUUGCUUAUAUCUGCAAAAUUUUCAGUAAGACGGCUGCGUUGUGGUGACUAUAUCUGAAGUGAGAACCUUGCGAAAAAGAGGAAUGCAAAAAAUAAAUAGUCACGAACAAUAUAAACAUCCUGAUAAAUAAAGAGACAUCCUAAACAAGACAGCGAAAUCUAGAGGAUGUAUCGAUAUAUAGGAAACAGAGAGAAAGAAUCCCUUUACUCAAAGUAUACAAUUUUGUCGGCGAGUGCAAUCACGCCUAAAUGGUGUUCUGUGUACAGGGAACGGCAAGGU